CCCUCCACCCCUGCCCCAUUGAUGUGUUGUUAUUGGGGGGGCUGGAGCAGUAAAAAACGAAGAAGGAAAAAAAGAGCGGGGUUCAGCGGGGAGAGGUUGAGCGCGGGGCUGACCGGAGGCGGCGGCGGCGAUGGAAGAACUCACGGCGUUCGUCUCCAAGUCUUUUGACCAGAAAGUGAAGGAGAAGAAGGAGGCCAUCACGUACCGGGAGGUGCUGGAGAGCGGGCCGCUGCGCGGGGCCAAGGAGCCGAGCGGCUGCGCCGAGCCGGGCCGAGACGACCGCAGCAGCCCCGCAGUCCGGGCGGCCGGCGGAGGCGGCGGCGGAGGAGGCGGAGGCGGAGGAGGCGGAGGAGGCGGAGGAGGUGCAGGAGGAGGAGGAGCAGGCGGAGGAGCUGGAGGAGGGCGCUCUCCCGGCCGGGAGCUGGACAUGGGCGCCGCGGAGAGGAGCAGAGAGCCCGGCAGCCCGCGGCUUACCGAGGUAUCCCCCGAGUUGAAGGAUCGCAAAGAGGAUGCCAAAGGGAUGGAGGACGAAGGCCAGACCAAAAUCAAGCAAAGGCGUAGUCGGACCAAUUUCACCCUGGAACAACUCAAUGAGCUGGAGAGGCUUUUUGAUGAGACUCACUAUCCGGAUGCCUUCAUGCGUGAGGAGCUGAGCCAGAGACUGGGGCUGUCGGAGGCACGAGUGCAGGUUUGGUUUCAAAAUCGAAGAGCUAAAUGUAGAAAACAAGAAAAUCAACUCCAUAAAGGUGUUCUUAUAGGGGCUGCUAGCCAAUUUGAAGCUUGUAGAGUUGCACCCUAUGUCAAUGUAGGUGCUUUAAGGAUGCCAUUUCAGCAGGAUAGUCAUUGCAACGUGACGCCCUUGUCCUUUCAGGUUCAGGCGCAGCUGCAGCUGGACAGCGCCGUGGCGCACGCGCACCACCACCUGCAUCCGCACCUGGCCGCGCACGCGCCCUACAUGAUGUUCCCGGCGCCGCCCUUCGGACUGCCGCUUGCUACCCUGGCCGCGGACUCGGCCUCCGCUGCUUCUGUAGUAGCUGCGGCCGCCGCUGCCAAAACCACCAGCAAGAACUCCAGCAUCGCCGAUCUCAGACUGAAAGCCAAAAAGCAUGCGGCCGCCUUGGGUCUGUGACGCCAGUGCAAGCGCUACCUUCGCGCCUCGGAGCGGAGCCCACCCUGCACGCCCUCCGCGUCCUGCUGCUUCUCGGUCACCCCCUCAGAGCUCUGAAGUCGACCCUCUUUCCGCCCAGCGGCGCCCCUUGUCGCCCUCUGCAUCCCGGACUCGGAGGGCAGGACGCUGCGCGGGACCCGGGAUCCCACUAGGUGUAUGCCAGCCCCGUGGCUCCAGCCCUUUUGACCCGUAGGCCUAGAAUCCGGCUCUCUAGAAGCAGGUUUGGGGAAGUCUGGAGAGACUGCAUGGACCAGGGAGUGCGGGACGGCCGAGCCAGGCUCGUGGCAAAGCUGCAGCGGUGGACUCUUGCAUAGGGAAAAACCUUGCUGAUUUAAAAAGAGAGAAAAAGUGGAAAAGACAAAUCAGAGAGGAAAAAAAAAAAUAAAGAGAACGGGAUCUUAUUUCUUGUUGAUAAUAUUUGGCUGAAGCUGCAACCGGAGAGAGAACGACGGAGAAAAACAGUUUUAAAAAUUAAAGUAUUUUAUACAUUUAAAAAUAUGGAAAAUUACCCGGACAAAUCUCGAGAGAAUGGGGGGGUGUUACCAAGUUAAAGGUAUGGUUUUUUAAAAUGAGCUAAGACGGCAAAACAGAAAGCAGAGGUUUACUUAUUUAAAGAAUUAAGAUGAAAAAAGUGCGCAGCUGGGAAGUUCACAGGUUUUGAAACUGACCUUUUUCUGCGAAGUUCACUUUAAUACGAGAAAUUUGAUAAGAGAGGCGGGCCUCCUUUUACGUUGAAUCAGAUGCUUUGAGUUUAAACCCACCAUGUAUGGAACAGCAAGAAGAGAGAAGACAGUGUGAAGACAAAGGGGGAAACGAAAACGAUGUUAAUGCAAAAAGCAAAACAAACGAUGCCACAGACAGUGAUUCCUCUGAGAAAACAUUAUGGCAGAACUGUCCGGACUGCUGACAGUGAAUUCUGGUUUGCAUGUUACUUGUAUUCCAUUGAUGGUGUCCCUCCUUCCCUUACUCACGUGCACUCAACUCCAUUUUCAUCUCAGUAGGAAAAGCAUCCGGAAAUUGAUAUACAUCCAUAUAGAUAUAGAUAUAGAUAUAUAAUUUUUGCCCUGUCUUUGAUCCUGGGGAGUCAAAAGAAAAAAGUCCGAAGGGGGAAAAUUUAUACUGAUUGUCCCAAGAAGAUAGAGAUGGGCAGAAAAUGUGGGGAAAGGAGAAAGAAAAGAGGAAGAUCAAAUGAAAUAAUGAAGGUACACAACCUUGUAUAGUACAUACACAUAGUAGGUGCUCAGUCAUUGUUAGUUCACUCUCCUUUUCUUGUAUUCCCUUUGGCUGGUUUCCUGAAGUCCUGUUUGAGGACAGUGCUUUAUUGCCUCCCUCUCUGUCCCCUCAAAUAACACCCAGCUAGAUACAGGCACUAGAUUUGUGUAAAAUAUGUUGAUACACACGAACAAAGUUUAUUUUGGCUAUAACUUGUGAACUGAGGGUUGACUUUCAACACUUGCAUUUUAUUCCACAAAGGUGUAUCUAUUCAUGUAAUCUUUUCUGUUAUUACUGUUUCAAUUCGUGUAGCUAUUUAACUCGGGAUGCCCUGGACUAAUCAAUCUGUAUCCCAAUUCUGUAGCAAGCCUCCUUAGGUUUUUUUUUUUUUUUCCUAAUUUACAAGAAAGAGGAAAAGCUCUUCUAACUGAACUUUGGUGUGCAGUUGAGCUUUGUAACUAUUUGUUCUCCAUGAAAACAAAAUUAUUUAUAUUUGCCAUAUUUUUUCUAGUGUAUUAAGUUAUUUUAAACAAAAGAAGAUGCUGUUAUCUCAUGACGUGUUGUCAGUACAAAAUUUUACGGCUCCACUUCUGUUAAAUCUUUUUAAAUAAGUGCCAAGUUAUUAAUCGAAGACACUUUGCGAUCAAUUGAAUGAAAAUAGUAUUGUUUCAUUUCAUGGGGUUCGCGUCAUCUUUGUUCCAGUUACUAUUAAAAUAUCCAGGAUAGUG